AUGUUGGCAUCCAGGGCACUGCUGGCCAAGAAUGUGGCAGCGGUUCUCACCAGUCAGCCCUCCUGCUCGUUCUUUCAGUCCAGUGAUGUGGGGAACUGGGGCAAUGCCAACGUGGCAGUAGUGUUUUCAGGCUCAGGCUGCUGGGAUGGAACCGACACCAAUGAGGCUGCCUAUGUGAUGUACCACCUAAGCCGCAAUGGAGCCAAGUUCCAAAUGUUUGCCCCAAACAUGCAGCAGAUGCAAGUGAUCGACCAUAGCCGUAACCAGCCCAGCUCCGGGGAGAACAGGAAUGUGAUGAUCGAGUCUGCCCGACUCGCCCGCGGGAAGAUCCAAGAUCUCUCCCGACUGGAAGCCGGAAACUUUGAUGCCAUCAUCUUCCCGGGCGGUUACGGAAUCACCAAAAACUUGUCCACCUUCAACAACGAUGGAAAGGAUUGCAGAGUGAACUCGGACGUUGAGCGGAUACUCAAGGAUUUCCACCGUAAGAACAAACCGAUCGGGCUGUCCUGCACGUCCCCAAUCCUCGCCUGCCGGGCGAUUCCUGGAAUCGAGGUGACCAUGGGCCAGGAACGUGAGGAGAGUGGACGCUGGGGCCGAUGGCCUUACUACAGCAUGACCAAUGCAGUCAAGACCAUGGGAGCCAAGCAUGUGAUGAAGGAACCCUUCGAAGCCCAUGUGGACGAGAAGAACAAAGUCAUCAGCACUCCCGCCUUCAUGUGGGAGACAGAGUCUCACUACCACUACAUCUUCGACGGCAUCGGGCAGAUGGUCAAACACGUUCUGCGCAUGACCAAGUGAGGCGCGAGACAGUGGAGACCCAACAGUACAGGCUGACCCCGCGGUAACGCUCCGUGGUAUAGCAUGGGCCCGCUUAGAGCGCGGACCUGCGAUAUACCGCCAUCGAAUUGGCCGGCUUCCGGUGCAGGAAGUGCAGGAAGUGUGAUCAGCUGCGACCCUGAUGACCCAGAAGCGCUGAUCGGUGGCCAUUUUUUUCCCUUCCCCCCCUCUACCACCCCCGAACCAUCGUAUUACAACGGGGUCAGCCUGUAAUUCUGGGUAGACUGGUUACCUCAGCCCUAAAGUUCACUGUAGGGUCUAGAUGAGGGGGUGGCGUUGGUAAGAAUUAGCUUUCCUGUUGUUAGACGGGUUUGUGACGUGUUGUGGAUGUGUUAAGGGCUUGGAUGGAAAUGGGUUCUUCAGUGGUGACUGGGUGAGGUUGAGUGGAUAUAUGUCAAUGUUUCAGGGAAUUUCUGAACAUUUUCAAGGUCACCUCUCCGUGAUCAAUCUUAUUUUGAAUGUGACACACACGUAUAUAUACAUAUCAAUAAAAUACAUCACAUCAGAAUUCUCAAGGAAAUCCAUGGCUGUGUAGUGUGGAGCAGGUGAAAUAUACGUGGAAGGAUAUAGCUUUAAGGAGAGGUUAGAGAGGUUAGGACUCUUCCCACUGGAGCAGAGAAGGUUGAGGUGUGAUAUGAUCGAGGUGGUAAAAGCAACGAAAGGAUUUGUUGGGGAGAAUUGAUCGCGGGAAAAAAAUCUGUUAGUUGGAAUUCGAGGAUGAGAAGGUGUGAAUUUGAAACUGACUCGGGGAGUAAGAGGAGAGGUUGUGUCAGGGGAGGUGGGGGAGAAGGUUGUAGGGUGGGGUGUCAUUUGAAAGAAUUAGACAAGCACAUGCAGAGGGGGUGGCGGAAAAGAGUUAAGGAUGUAGGAUUGGGAUGGAGGACAUCUCGUAGGAGGAAAUAAUGGCACAAAGUCAUGGGUUGAAUGGCCUCCAAGAGAAUUGUAUGUUGGUUCCUGUGGAUGUCAGUGCUGUGUGUGCUUCUCUGCUGUCCAAGGCAAUGGGCUGUACCUCCAAAAGCAUAUCCUUGAAUGUUUUGUACUGCGCAGUUCAACUCCUCAAAAUAAUGAUAAUAAAAAUGGAAAACAAAA